UGUUGCACACGUGAAAAACCCUACUGAAGAUCACGCUUUGGGACUAUGAUAACACGCACUGUUGCGUUGUGUUGAAACCUAAAUUGUAUUCCAUCAACAGUUUAUUUAUAAGGCUCACCACCGAUAAGAUUGUGAGAAAAGUCCUCUUCCGUUGUGAGAGUAGCUCUCCGAGGUGUGAGGAUGGAGGGCAGGGAGCAGAAGCGACACCAGCAGAAGCAGAGCGGGCCCAAGGCCCAGAGGAAGAAGAGACGGAAGCAGGGUGAGCAGGGGACUGAGCUGGAGAAGGACGAGCGCAAGAGGAACCCGCGAGCAUUCGGCGUGCAUUCAGCUGUUCGCAUGACCAGGACCUUCCACAGGACCCAAGAUAUAAAAACGAAGAAACAUCACAUCCCUUUGGUAGACCGCACUCCUCUGGAGCCUCCGCCCAUCGUCGUGGUUGUAACGGGGCCCCCAAAAGUGGGAAAGAGCACCCUGAUCCGCUGCCUGAUCAAAAACUACACACGGCAAAAGCUUUCAGACAUCUGUGGGCCUGUGACUAUAGUGUCUGGGAAGAAGAGGCGUCUGACCUUCAUUGAGUGCAACAAUGACAUCAACACCAUGAUAGAUUUAGCGAAAGUUGCUGAUCUUGUUCUGAUGCUGAUAGAUGCAAGCUUUGGCUUCGAGAUGGAGACUUUCGAGUUCCUCAACAUCUGUCAGGUCCAUGGCUUCCCUCGUGUCAUGGGCGUGCUCACACAUUUGGACUCCUUUAAAAACAACAAGUCGCUUAAUAAGACCAAAAAACGCCUUAAACAUCGCUUCUGGACUGAAGUGUAUCAGGGAGCCAAAUUGUUUUACUUGUCUGGAAUGGUGUAUGGUGAAUACCAGACACAGGAAGUGAAGAACCUAGGACGAUUUAUUUCAGUCAUGAAGUUCAGGCCCCUGAUGUGGCAAACGUCUCACCCGUAUAUCGUAGCUGAUCGAAUGGAAGACCUGACUGAUCCAGAGGCUAUUAGGUUAGAUCCUAAAUGUGACAGAACUGUCUCCCUGUAUGGCUACCUGCGUGGGACAUUUUUGAAGAACAAAGGCCAGAUUCACAUUCCGGGUGUAGGGGACUUCUCUGUGGAAGAUCUCAGCUUCCUUCCCGACCCAUGUCCGCUGCCGGAGUUGCUGAAGAAGAGGGCUCUAAAUGAGAAGGAGAGGCUGCUUUACGCUCCCAUGGCCGGCGUCGGAGGCCUGGUGUACGAUAAGGACGCAGUGUAUAUAGACAUGCCUGGAGGCCAUGUCAAACAGCAACAGGAGGAGAUGCGUCCUACCACGGAGAUGGUGCAGUCCCUCAUGGGCACACACACCACCCUGGAUGCCAAGAUGGCUGCCAGCAAGGUCUCGCUGUUCACAGGAACCGCUGCCCUGGCGUCAGAGGAAGUGCAGGAGAAUAGUGGGGAGCAGGGUCCCGUGGAGAGCCGAGUAUGGGACCCCGAGACGCGGCGAGAAAGGAGGAAAGCUGUGUUCAUGGAGGAAGAUGAGGAAGAUGGGAGCGAAGGCAGUGAUGAAGAGCUGUCCGACGAGGAGGGAGAAGAGGUUGAAGAGGAGAGUGAAGAAGGGCAAGAGGUGGAAGAGGAUGAGGAAGGAGAUGAUGAGAGUAUUCGGGACAAGGAGGAGGUGCGAAAGGAGGAGUGCCGAGCUGCGAAGGAGGAGGCACCUCCCCUCUCCCCGCUUGUGGAGGGCGGAGGGGCAAGGAGGGCCGUGACUGAGAGGCCUGCCUUCGCAGACAGCGAUGAUGAGCUGGAGAAGAGUGAGAGGGAGGAGGGGAGCGAGGAAGAGGAGAUGGCCGAGGAUGAGGAGGAAAAAGACGGCGACGAAGAGGAGGAGAUGGAGGAAGGGGAAGCGGAAGAGAAACACGAGAAAGGAGCCACUGUGCCUCCAGACUCUGGUCACUGCUCCGAGGAGGACACAGACGACGACAGCGACGAGGAGGAGGAGGAGGAGGAGGAGGAGGAAAAUGAAGGGGAUUCGGAGAUGGAUGAGCAAGUGAAUUCCGAACCACCUGGGAAGGAGACCGCAAAGACAAAGACGACUUGUGCUGCUAAGGAGGAGGAGAUGGAUGGCGCAGGGGAGGGGGAGCCGGGAACGGACACUCCAGGAGCGUUGCGGUGGAAGGAGAGUUUGGCCCAGAAGGCCACGGAGGCACACCUGAAACGGCAGCGUGCCGCCCCCAACCUGCGCAAGCUCGUCUACGGCACGGUGGUGGUGGAGGAGGAGGAGGAGGAGGUCGUAGACGAGGAGGACGAGGAGCUGGGCGGCCUGUUUCGCGUUAGCCGGCCGGAGAAGAGCAAGAAGGUCAGAGCGGACGCCACGGACUGCUCACGCUUCCAGCCGGACACCAGCCACGACUGGGACCAGGAGGAGAUGCUGGCCUCCAUUCGGGAUUGCUUUGUCACUGGGAAGUGGGAAGGAGACAAAGAUGCCACCACUCUGCUGAAGGAGGAUGAUGAACUCUAUGGAGACUUUGAGGAUCUGGAGACCGGAGAGGUUCACAGGGCAAAGCCCAGGCAGGGAGAUGAGGCGGAAGAUGAUGAUGAUGAUGAUGAUGGUGGUAGUGGUGAUGAUGCAGAAAAUGAGGAAGAAGAGGCUCCCUUGGUGAAGUUUGACGAUGAAGAAGCUCAGAAAAACAAGCGUCUGGAGAAGAAGAGGAGGCUGAAGGAGCGGUUCGAUGCGGAAUACGACGAUGGCGAUGCCACAUACUUUGACGAUCUCAAGGAGGAAAUGCAGAAACAGGCCGAGCUGAACAGGACUGAAUUCGAGGGCAUGGACGAUGAGAGUCGCGUCCAGUACGAGGGCUUCAGGCCAGGCAUGUACGUGCGACUGGAGAUCCCCGGCCUUCCGUGCGAGUUCGUCACCAACUUUGACCCCCACUAUCCCAUCAUCCUUGGCGGUUUGGGAGCCAGUGAGGGCAACAUAGGCUAUUUGCAGAUGCGUCUGAAGAAGCACCGCUGGUACAACCGCAUCCUGAAGACCCGGGACCCCCUCAUCCUCUCACUGGGCUGGAGGCGCUUCCAGACCAUCCCCCUUUACCACAUCGAGGACCACAAUGGCCGCCACCGCCUGCUCAAAUACACCCCUGAGCACAUGCACUGUGGCGCCUCCAUCUGGGGACCCAUCACCCCCCAGGGGACGGGCUUCCUGGCUGUCCAGAGUGUUGCAGGUACCCAGGCGAAGUUCCGCAUCGCAGCCACUGGAGUCGUCCUGGAUUUGGACAAAUCCAUGACUGUUGUGAAGAAACUCAAGCUGAUUGGCUACCCCUAUAAGAUUUUCAAGAACACCUGCUUUAUCCAGGGAAUGUUUAACACGGUGCUGGAAGUCGCCAAGUUCGAGGGCGCCUCCAUCCGUACAGUCAGUGGGAUCAAAGGGCAGAUAAAGAAGGCCCUGCGCACUCCACCCGGAGCCUUCCGAGCUACCUUCGAGGACCGCCUCCUCAUGAGCGAUAUUGUAUUCCUGCGUUCCUGGUACCCUGUUUUGGUCCCUCAGCUGUAUAACCCAGUGACGUCUCUGCUGAUGCCUGCCGGGCAGAAGGACAUGUGGACAGGAAUGCGAACGUUGGGGCAAAUCAAACACGACCUGGGAAUCCAGAACAAGCCCAACCAGGACUCUCUGUACAAGCCAGUGCUGAGGCAGAAGCGCCACUUCAACCCACUGCACAUUCCCAAAGAGCUCCAGAAGGCACUGCCCUUCAAGAGCAAGCCCAAACUGCGCGCCGCCAAAGGUCCCGCGCCCCGCGACCUCCGAAGACCCGCCGUGGUGCGCGAGCCACACGAGAGGAAGGUGGCAGCAUUGCUCAGUGCUCUGAGCACCAUCUACGCUCACAAGAACAAGAAGGCCCAAGCGGAGCAGCACGCGAAGCACAGGGACUUCCUGAAGCAGAGGGAGAAGCAGGAGGCCGAGAAGCAGAAGCGGCAGAGAGAAGAGAGAAAGAAGGUGUACCGUGCCAUGGGCCAGAAAGAGCAGAAAAAGCUAAAGUCUAGCCUGAAGGGCACUUCCAAGGAUGACUGAGCAUGCAUGGAACUCUGUGCUGGAGCCCGUGCCGCUCAACUCUGGCUCAGGACGGACCGGCUCCGGGGCUGCUACACGCUCACGAUGUGUGUGAGAUGAGUGUCACUGACUCAGUCCUCCUACCAGCUGCCCUGCCUGCCGAGGUGGCGCUGUGGGCAUCUGCAUUGUCAUGUGAGAUGUGGAGCUGGGUUUUGUGUGUCGUUUAAAAAUAGCGCCUCCAUAUGAGCGCACACUGCCUGCAACUGUUUGUGGUCAGUCCCAGCUGUGGAGGGCAAAGGCUUCUUGUCUUAUUCCCACCAGCCUGUUUGAUACCUUGCAAGUGCUUUAUAAUAUUGGUUUUAAUAAAAAUGUUCUUUGUUUUCUA